AUGCAUGGUUCAAGAAACGAGGGGAGUGGAAUAAGUGAUGAAGCGUUGGAGUUAGCAGAUUUGUAUUGCAGUAUUCCAAUGAAGGGAAUGGUUGAUUCGUUUAAUGUCUCAGUUACUUGGACCGCAAGCUAUCUUCAGAUAAUUGCUGCAACACCCUUGGACUUGCACUCAGCAGCUGCUCUUAUUAACCAACGGCAACUGAAUUCUACAAAAGCUCUGGUGAUCAAACUUGUUCUACAGUCAGCCAUCUAUCUUAUCUGGAGAGAAAGAAAUGCCCGGAUCUUCACAUCAACUACUACAUCAGCUUCUGGUCUCCGUCGUGCUCUGGACCGUCUUAUUCGUGACCGCCUCAUCUCCUUCCCAUCUUCAGAUCAGUCUCCUUCGUCACUGCAGUUCUAUUUCUCGUGUACUCAACCUCCUUGA